AUGAAGUGAAAGCCAUGAUCGGGGCUGGUGUAGAAUGUAAAGAAGUCGAUGGGAAUCGAGAGAGGGAAACCGCUUUAGCGUCCAGUUACUCCAAGGCAAGCUGAAAGGAAUGUCGAGCGGUGUGCAUCGCGACACCAACGAGUUCUCGCACUGAGGCGUCUCUAAUCAACCGUCGCAACGACGCUCUCGUCAACGACGCAUCUCUGGUGAGUGAAUCGUCCACGAAUCACCUUUUCUCCAACCACCGCGGCAUUAACCGGGACCAAUUCCUCGCGUCCUACCCUCAAAGGGGGUAGUUCGGUCUAAACAGUGCAAAUACAAAUUUCGAUAUUAAUUUUGAAAAAAAGAACUACCAGGCCCAUCGAUUUCAAAUUUCGUACAGGUACUUCUGCGUACUUCGACUGCUUGUGUCAUUUUUUUUUUUUCAAGCAUCAAGGAUCGUUUAUUCUCCGGUAACUCGUAGCAUCGUCUCUAAGUACGUAAAGGAAAAGUUAACCGAUGGAGUGCGCGAUUCGAGUUGCGAUCUUUUGCAAUAGAAAUCUGCAACGGAUUCUUGUUCUGCGUGGUUAUAAAAAUCGUGUUUUUUUUUUUUUCAAAGUUCUAGAGCAGCUACACUUUUAAAAAAAAUGCUUCUGACCGUCUCCGUGGAUUCGAAAGUAAACGAAACUGUUGACGUUAAAUAAUUAUUUUGCGAAUUUAGUCAGAAACGAAAAGUUUGUCAAGAGCGGUGUUUGGUUUCCUAGAGGCUCGAAUGUCUAUUUCCUAGUCCGAGUGGAAUCACUUCUGUACGCCACGGCGUGGCACGGAUUACGAAGUGAAACCCGAAGUCUCGGAUUUAGCCGAGAUUAGCAUUAUGGAAUAUCUUUUUCCCAAUUAACAUCGCUUUUAUGCCGUUCACCAGAGGCGAACCAAGAUCAAAGGAUCACGUAUCGACGAAGAAUGAAAUAAGACUGACCACGAUGAUGUUGAAAUAUUUUGUUAUUGCCAUAUCGUUCAUAUAUGUCACAGAAUGUGCAGCCCAGGUUUACAAGAGUCGUUCGACCGAGAGCGCUGUAGUAAUCAAACCAGCGGUUGUAAAUGAUGAUUUUAUUACACAAACCGUUUACGGUUUCUUGGAUUUCACCACUACCAUCGGAAACACGGUGAUGGUCUUCAGCCCACAAAGCGCGCCACCAGAUGGGGAAAAGGGAAAGAAAAGUAGUGUUUCGAUUAUCCAGACGAAACCGAUCGAGACGAAGGAAAAACCCGCUCUUGAUAUUCAGCCAAGCAAAACGUUCAAGACGAAUUCUGAUGGUGAAACUAAGAAACAGGGUAAAGGUUCGAAGGGUGUGAUAGAACAGAAUGUCAUCCAGGCCUCAGAGGAUAACGGAUCACGGUCGCCGAAAAGCCAGGAAGUGAACACGCGAGUGCAGUUAACGACAAAGAGCCCUCCUCCGACGUCCUCGUAUGUACAAAUUAAAUCGAUGGACGAUAAACCUGGUCUAAAGAACAAUCUCGCGGAACCCGAGUACGACUUCCUGUCGAAGCAACCUGCAGAAGUAGUUGACGAGACGUACAAGUUGAUUAAUCUGAGACCUUCUUCGAAAGUCCAAUCGAAGCCGCGGCCCACAGCUCGAAAGGAGAAAGAAAAUCCAACCGGGCUGGUCACAAAACUCGGUGGCACUAUCGUUAAGGACGGAUUGACUACUGUUCACGAAACGAGCGUGAUCGGUACCUACAUAAACGGCAAAUACGCUCAAGUGCUUCAGAGUUCUUCUAGAAUUCUUCAAGGCACACCGCCGAUACCCGAAGGCAAGAUUCGUCCAUCCAGCACCCAUCGAAUCCUGAAAACCAUCGGGCCUCAACAAGGGAAACUGAAACCGCAACUAGAACCUACGCCAACAAAUCACCAAGAAGAAUCCUCUUUGCCUUUAGAAGUUCUCUUCAGUUCUCCAGCUGGUUCCUCGGUACGAAGCACGCGAAAACAUUCAGCUCCGAAUUCAGCACGUCCGAAAUUCCGCAACAAAAUCAACGAAGAUUACGAUAGCGGUGAAGUGCAGCAGGCAAAGCCGCCUAAAAACCGAAUCGCUACUACAGCAAGGCCAGGCUAUAAAAAUCGAAGCCCACCGACAACGACGACCGAAUCACCCACCACGCGUCGUCGCAGUGGUUUCAGGCCGAAUAACCAACCGAGUUUGCCUUCGAAGCAACCCAAUAAGAACAAAGUCGAGCAACAACCGGUCAGUACAAAUCCCGCGCCGAAAUUGAAGCUACCGAGAACACAGGGUCGUUGGUCUUACAAAACUACCCCUAAACCAAGAGUGAUCAUUCGAAAGCAAGUCGACGACGACGAUCAGCGUUCCACGUCCGAAACUAGUACCACCGAGGCACCAAUAAAUCUCGACGACAGCAAAGCUACCGCAGCUUCCGUAUCGACAUCAACGACAACCGUGUCUACGUCGGGCCAAGCAGUGAACGCCCAAAGAAAAAUCCAAGAGGUCGCCGCCGAUGACGAGCUGGACCCAAGCGAAAGCGAGGACGUAGCCAGCAUCAGUGUCCAAGAACAAUCGCAUUCCGAACAGGUCUUACCCCUGGAAACGAUCAACGUUGAGAUCUCCACGGCCGCUGAUCUUAAUAACGCGUACUUUGAAAUCGCUACCAUCAAGUCGCCGUAUACCUUUCAGGUUGGAACGUUGAGAAACACGCGCUACGUCACGGUGACUUCAACGGUAAAAAAGUCCUUUUCGACGGCAGACCCAUCGACCACGAUAUCGCCCACCGAACCAUUGACUGAGAACAUUCUGGCGAACACCGCGGCAGCUUACGAGACAACUUUGCCGCUGGAUUCGGCCAUAGCAACCCUUCCAGCUAUAUCCCUAGAAUCUGGCCAAGCAACGCCGCCUUUGGAAACUCUGACAGAGACAUUCUCGACUACCCAGACACUUCUGAAGACACAUUUGCUGCCGGUGGUACACGGUGGUAACACGACCAGGUUGACGCUCGUCCAAACGUACAAUAUCGCGCGCGUGGUCACCGCUACAAAGACUCUGCCACCGAUGGAUAUUUACCAGUUCAUACCCAGCAAGGCGUUGAACGAAUUCAACUCGAAAUUAGACGAAGCAGGAAGCGAGCUCCACUUAGAGCUGGACGUUGGAGACGAGGACAGGGACGACGAUGACAUCCCGAAGAGAGUAGUGGCGCCGAGUAGCGACUUGGACUCCGACCUGGAGCCUUUCAAAUCGAUAUCAAGUUCAAAAGUAAAGUCCGAAACGCCGAGCAGCAGUUCCAUCGAACCUCAGCUGACUCCCGACCAACUGGCCUUGUUGAAGUACUUUGGCCAACAGCAACAACAGCAACAACAGGUGAUCACCACGUCGCGACCAGUCGUCGUCCUAGAGACACUCUACGAGUCCCACGUAAUUCCAGUGGUGAAUAACGGAAACACGCUCUAUUCGACGUUAACCAGGCCAGUCGGCACCGUGCCGCGUACCUCUUACGAAUACGGAACAUCCACAAUUGCACCGGUUUUGCCGCCGCAAUUACCUCCGCAACUGCCGCCGCAAUUACCUCUAUUCCCGCAGCAGCCGCAGUUCACGGUGACGAGCGCUCCUCUGGUCACGCAAGUCCUCGCCACCGUGUCCGAUUCGAAAAUACUCAAGUUGACCUUUGGAGCGAAAACGGCCUACACCACGUUAUUCUCGAGCCGUGUGGUACCGACGGAGGUCACGACCUAUGUUACGACUACCGUACCUGUGCAACCGAGCGUGGCUGCUUUCCCAGGUUACUAUCCCCCGCCGGUCGGUUAUCCACCUUUCCCCUUCGUAGGAUAAACUUUCUUUUAAAUCGCGCCAACCGUGCGAGGGAACGAGUUGUUCUUAACGGAGCCUUCUACUCUAGUACAUUAAAAAGGAGAUAUUUCUUUGGGAAUUUUUUAUUCGAACAAUAUCGAUUUCAGCUUCCUUAAUCCUUUCAGUACCGCGGAGAGUUCGAGUAUCGAGAUUGAGUAUCUACUAUUAUGUACAGACGCGUACAUACAGUCUUUAUGUCUAUUCAAGAAAUUUGUCUUAAUUAAACGAUAGGUUUGAUGUAUCCAAAUCAAUUUCUUAUUAUGAAGAUAUAAACAAAACAUUUAUUCGUGCGCACUAUCGCUGAAAUGUAUCCGGACAGUUGCGAAAUAUGUAUGUAUUAGCAUUUUAUGAAAGUUAUGUAAGUACUUACAUUAGUAACCGAAAUUGAUUUUUUAUUAUUUUGUUAUUAGUUUCUUGCCAAUUCCUGGAAUUUCAAUUUUAUAAUUUAUAAACGUGUCCUAAGCGUCUGAACCCCAAGGCAAUGCAACGAAAAAGAAAUUCACUGUUUUAAUCGACCAGAGUAGAAUAAUGUCGACAAGGCGGGUUGAUUACGAUGGAUGUUCAAAGAUUUGUACAUCGACAACAAACGAUAGUCGUUGAGUCACAAUUUGUGGCACGCGCUUCGAUCCCAUUGGGUUUCAAUAAGCUUCUUUGUUCACAAAUCAUAUUUAAGCUAUUUAAAAUCUAGUACUUAUUGUUAGCAUUAUUAUUUAAGAUACAAGCCUCUGUUCUAAAUUUUUGAGAGGCGAGUAGUAUAGAAGAACACGACAUGCGACCUCGAAAAUAAAUGAUCGUUUCUCGUCGUUUUUCCAAAUAGUAACAGUUUUCCAAAUACUGUGCUACGGCGUUUUGUUCGUAUGUUAUGAUGCGAUAUGCGGUCAACGAAUUCGAAGAUUUAAAACCAUUGAUUAGUCUGAAACAAAUGUACCAGGUUAAAAGCAUAGAAUAUUUUUCUAACGAAUUGUUGCGCGGUGAUGUGGAGUCAUACACUUACGAAGACAGAUUAAUUUAAAAUACAACCGUAAUAUUUACUGUAAUGGUGCUAAAUAUCAUUCUCGUGGGUGCUUCGUUAUAGAAAAUAAUAAAAACGUUGAACAUGUUUAUCGCAUUAUGACAAAUGAGCAAUUCGAUCUAACAAAAGUAAAUAAAAAUUAUACUCGAAAUAUGUAUACUUCAUGUAUGAAAAUAAUUUUUUAUAAUAGUGGUUACAAGCAUAGAUUUCGAGAAAAAUGUCGAGAACGUCGCAUUUCUUGUUGUUCAAUUUCAGAUUAAAUUUCCGGGAUGCAAACGUAUUUACCAAGUUCGAUAGCGAUAAGUUCAUUUUUUUCAUAAGUUCUUCAUAAUUAUUACUAAGCAAAAUUGGCGAAUUAGCAAGAAUUUUCUAAAAGAAAAAGUAAAUUUUCUAGAAAAUGGAAUUAAAUUCAUUUGGCAGUGAUUUAAUUGAAUUGAGAAUGAGGUAAAACAUACAAAUCCUUAUUCAAAAGGCGACAUUCUUAAAUUGUUGCUCAAUGCCAAAAUUGAAUGUAAAUCUUGUAAAUAAUCAUUCCUUCAUUUUUUUUUUUUUUUUUUUUUUUAUGA